AUGUAUCUAUUAAAAUUUACACUAAUUUUAUCAUUUUUUAUACCUUUAAUUGCUAAAGAUAUAGAGUUUUUUUGUCCACCAAAUAUUAAAUUAGAAAGAUGUUUUACUAGGUGUUCAAAGCAUUGGAGCUUUAUUUUUAAAAAAACAAAAAAAUGUUAUACAAUAUGUGAAAGAAUAAAAUGUAUUUGUAAACCUGAAUAUGAAUUAAAAGAUAACAGAUGUGUAAAAAGUGAAAAACCUUCUAUAUGCCCACCUAAUACGUUUUAUACUACUUGUAAAUCAACUUGUGAACCAAAAUGUGGUGAAGAUCCAGAUUCAGUAAUUUGCCCUUUAAUUUGUGAUGGAGAAGGAUGUGAAUGCCAUCAUCCAUAUGCUUUAGAUGAAAAAGGUAAUUGUAUUGAGAGAUCUAAGUGUCCAAAAACAACAGUAAAACCAAAACCAACACUAAAGUCAACAACAAAAAAACCUAUUUCAUGCCCACCUAAUAUGGUAUAUACAGAUUGUUUGUCAUCUUGUAAAUUAACAUGUGAUGAGGAUCCAGAUAAAGUAGUGUGCGAUUUUAUGUGUAGAGGAGAAGGUUGUGAAUGUGUAGAACCAUUUGCUUUAGACAAAGAUGGUAAUUGUAUUGAGAGAUCUAAAUGCCCAAAAUCUAAACCUAAACGAGCAAAAAGAACAAAACGUGCUUAG